AUGGGUUUCGCCGAAAAGCUCGCCGCUGCCCAGCAGAAUCAGCAGACGAUGCUGUCCAACACGGGCAACUCUGGCACGUAUGGCGGUGCUCCGCCAUCAGGCUAUACUGGAGGCCCUCCUCCGCCUGCAGCACUGCGGCCUGGUGGAUACAAGUUGACGGUUGAGAAGCAGCAGCAGCAGCAACCUCCGCAGUACCAGGCUUAUCCGGGGCCGCCUGCCCAGGGAUCGUUCCUUGCCAAUGAAGCCCCAGCUCGGCUACAGGGAAUCGUGCAAGAGCUGGAGCUGCCUAUGGAAGUGGCUACUGAUCUAAUGAAGCUCGCGCUCUUCGACAUCGUUCUCUAUGUGGACGACAGCGGCUCAAUCGAGUUCGAAGAGCGUGGACUGCGGAAGGAACAACUCCGACAAAUUCUGAGCAUUGUCGCCACUGUGUCAUCAUCUUUCGACCGGGAUGGCAUCGAGGUGCGAUUCAUGAACUCCAUUGAGGAAGGCCAUGGCAUCAAAAACCCGAAUGAUGUCAACGAUCUCGUGUCCCGUGUUCGUUUCUCGGGCUUGACUCCGCUUGGUACCGGUUUAAGGGAGAAGGUUGUGGACAAGCUGAUCGUAGGGCCGGCUCGUGCUGGCCGCCUUUCUAAGCCCGUGCUUGUUAUCACGAUCACCGACGGUCAACCUGCCGGCGAGAAUCGCAGCGCUGUACGCGAUACCAUCAUCCAUGCCGUGGGAGAGGUUCAGCGCUCUGGGUAUGGCGCCGGUGCUGCCUCUUUCCAAUUCUCGCAGGUCGGCAAUGACCUGCGUGCUCGGGAUUUCCUGGCCGACCUGGAUGAAGACCCUGAGAUUGGACACCUGAUUGACUGCACCUCAAGUAAGUCGCACAAGGCUGCUAAAACCCUGCUUAACCGGACUUUGACUGACCGUGUGAUUGUAGACUUCGAGCUCGAGCAGGAUGAAAUGGCACGGAAAUUUCCAAGAGUGAAUUUCUCUCGGGAGGCCUGGGUUCGUUUUCCACAUAUCGCGGCAUACAUUGUUCCAGGACUAACCAAAUUUCCGCAGUGUGCCAAACUCAUGCUGGGCUCCAUCGACCGUUCCUACGACUCCAAAGACGAGAGAGCAGCUGCACGCAGUACAGGAGGCCCCGCGCCCGGAGGCCCCCCUCCGCAAGGCUCAUACGGCGGCGGCUACGGCCAGCCGCCUGCUCAGCAGGGCGCACCAUACAAUGCACCCCCGGCCGGCUAUCCCCCCAGCUCGUACAGCCAGCAGCCCGGCUACCCUCCGCAGCAGCAGCAGCCGCAGCAGCCGCCAUACCCAGGCAACCGAGGCGCGCCUGGCUAUGGCCAGGCCCAACCGCCCUAUGGAUACGGUGGGCCAUCGCCCAGCGGCCCAGGAGGCUAUCCGCCGCCGCCGCGUCGCUACUAA